CUCUCUCUCCCUCUCCCCCUCUCUCUGUCCCACUGUCCCUGUACCUUUGGGAACAGAGUUGUUCCUCGGCCGGUCGGAGCACUGCAGACUGUCACCAUGAAGCUCCCGAUUCUUCUGCUGUUCAGCACACUUUUGCUCCACCAGACAUGCUCCUUUGAGUUUGUGAUUGAUGGCGAAUGGGACAGUGAGUCGUCAAGUCAUGAUGGAGGUGAUGAUCCAAAAUCUAUGGAUCUACCAUUACACUUUAGAAGACGGAGGGCCACAUUGGUCAGUGAUGAGGAUUUUGAAAAUCUUGUGCGAGCAGGUGAACAACCAUCUUCUAUGGACGUGGAUCUCAUGAAUUUUAGAAAACGGAGGGCCACAUUGGUCAGUGAUGAGGAUUUUGAAAAUCUUGUGCGAGCAGGUGAACAACCAUCUUCUAUGGACGUGGAUCUCAUGAAUUUUAGAAAACGGAGGGCCAUAUUGGUCAGUGAUGAGGAUUUUGAAGAUUUUGAGGCCAUCAGAGGAAAUGACAUCACAGUUAAGAGUUAUAAAGUGGAGAGCCGCAUCACUUCCCGGUUCGCCCACACCACCGUCAAGAGCUCUGUGGUCAACUCCGGCUCAACCGCCCAGAGCAUCGGCUUCAACGUCCAGAUCCCCAAACGAGCCUUCAUCACCAACUUUACCAUGAAUGUGAACGGCAUCAUAUUCAUCGGUUCGGUGAAGGAGAAGACUGUGGCCAGAAACCUCUACGCCCAGGCCAGAGCCAGAGGCAAGGCAGCAGGCAUAGUCAGGGCUAACUCGCAGGACAUGGAGACGUUUAAGACGGAGGUGCAUGUGCCCCCGGGCAGUAAGGUGGAGUUUGAGCUGCACUACCAGGAGAUGAUGCAGAGGAAGCUCGGGGUGUACCAGCACACACUGCACCUGCAGCCAGGACGACUGGUGCCCCAUCUGCAUGUAGACGUGUACAUCUUCGAGCCGAAGGGCAUCAGCAUGGUGGAGGUGCCCGACACGCUGGGCGAGCUGUUUACGGGGCUCACCACGGUAACGCAGUCCAAGGAGAAGGCGCACGUGACGUUCAAGCCCACGCUGCAGCAGCAGAGGAAGUGCCACAACUGCACCGAGAGCGCCGUCGACGGGGUGUUCACCGUCAAGUACGACGUGGAGAGGGAGGGCAACUCCGGGGAGCUGCAGGUGUCUGACGGUCACUUCGUGCACUUCUUUGCACCCCAAAACCUGUCGCCCCUGUCCAAGAACAUUGUGUUCGUCAUCGACGUCAGUGGGUCCAUGUGGGGUCUGAAGAUGAAGCAGACAGUGGAGGCUAUGGAGGCCAUUCUUGAUGACCUGACCAUAGACGAUUAUUUCAGCAUCAUCGACUUCAACCACAACGUGCGCUGCUGGAGCGAGGAGCUGGUUCCAGGAAGCUCCAUCCAGGUCGCAGACGCCAAGAAGUAUAUUCAGAGCAUCAAACCAAAUGGAGGCACCAACAUUAACGAGGCGCUGCAGCGGGCGGUGCAGAUGCUGAUCAAAGCGUCCAAUCAGGGGCUGAUCGACCAGCGCUCUGUCUCCAUGAUCAUCCUGGUGUCCGACGGAGACCCCACUGUGGGGGAGAUCAAGCUGAGCAACAUCCAGAAGAACGUCAAGCGCAUCAUGAGGGAGGAGUUCUCCCUCUUCUCAUUGGGCAUCGGCUUUGACGUGGACUACGACUUCCUGGAGCGGAUCGCCAUGGACAACAGGGGCGUGGCUCAGAGAAUCUACGCCAAUCACGAUGCUGCCGAACAACUGAGGACGUUCUACAGCCAGGUGUCGUCGCCGCUGCUGCGGCGGAUCACCGUCCAGUUCCCCGAGGGUUCCGUGUCGGACACCACACAGAGCCACUUCGAUAAGUUCUUCAGCGGCUCCGAGCUCGUGGUGGCAGGCAAGCUACAGUCGACUGGGUUCCCCACGCUCCACAGCUUCACCACCGCCUCCGCCGCUACCAUGGACAUGACCCUGCAAACGGACACAGACAUCUCUGAGCUGGACUCUGUUCUCAGCCAGCAGCAGCACUCUGUGCCAGGCUUCGCUCGGCAGAUGUGGGCCUACAUCACCAUCAACCAGCUCCUGGCCGAGAGGGCCCUGGCCCCCACCGCAGUGAAGAAGCGCAAGAUCACGCAGCGGAUCCUGGGCCUGGCCGUAGAGCACCAGUUCGUUACGCCACUCACUGCCCUGCUCAUCGAGGGCGAGAACGAGAAGCUGCUUGCCGACUCACCCAAGGACCCCAAACACGGCUGCUGCUCAGGUGUGGGAUUCCAGGGUCUGCGUCCACCUCCCGUGCAGCAGCAGGUGUACUCCAUCCCCAACUGGGCCCGUCCAACCCCCAUGUCCACCCCCAGCCCCGCCACGGGACACAUCACAGUAGUGGACAAUGACCCUCACUUCAUCAUCCACCUGCCCAAGCGCGACAUGGACGUGUGCUUCAACAUCGACUCCGAGCCGGGCAACAUCCUCAACCUGGUGUCCGACCCCGGGGCAGGUGUGGUGAUCAACGGCAUGUUGAUCGGUUCUAAGACGCUGCAGAACAACAAACUGAAGACGUACUUCGGCACCAUUGGCGUGUUCUACAGGCCUGAGAAUGUGGGUGUGACCGUGAGAACCGACCGCAUCGACGUUGUGGAGGGGAAGAACAACCACUCGUUCUCCUGGGGAAGCACAGUGGAUAUCACCACCAACGGAGUUAAAAUCUCCAUCGAGAAGGACUCCAAGGUCAGUGUGGUGGUCAACGGCCGCAUCACGGCGAUGGUGCUCCUGCACCGGGUGUGGAAGAAGCAUCCUGUGAACGUGGACUUCCUGGGCUUCUACUCCCCCAACGACAACCAGUACUCGGAGCAGGUCCACGGGCUCAUCGGCCAGUUUGCCAAUGAGCCCGAGGUGAAGGUGGUCAACAUCCAUGAUGGUCCUGACCCCAAGAAGAAGGAGGCCACCAUGGAUGUAAAGGGCAAUAAGCUGGCAGUCACCAGGGGCUGGCAGAAGGACUAUAGAGGGGACAAGAAGAGGGGCACAGACGUCUACUGCUGGUUCGUCCACAACAGCGGAAAGGGCUUCAUCGACGGCCACUUCAGCAGCUACAUUGUCCCCUCACUGGACAGCUUUCUUCCUGAACUCUGAUUGGCCUGGCCGAAGCGUGCAAAUGAAGAAAGGUGAUUGGACGUCAAUGUAGCAGGCCAAUGUCAUGCGGUCAGGAUGUGCUCAAGAUCGUGGGACUUGGAGUUCAGAAAGUAAAAAUCCACCACGCACUGACUUAUUAACAAAAUGCACACACUGCUUUAAAAAGAGAGAGAGAAAAAGGAAAAAUCAUGCUAAUUAGAAUGCUGUAUGUGGCUGAUACAGAAUUCCGGAACUUUUGCUUUCUGAACACCAAUACAUUAACUUCAUACCUCUCUGUUACCAUAUUAGAGACAUUAAAUUAUCAAAACACCUUUUCUAUACGACAGUAAAACUUUUCCACUUCGCUACAUAGGUCUCUUCUCCACAAACGCAACCUGUCUUUGUUGUGCUUCUUCACUCAUGCUAAAUAAUAUUAUAAACAUGUCUCUAGACACCACUUCCCAAAUAUUGCAGAGAACCUACAGUGAAUGGGUGCUAUAGUAUGUCAUUUUGGGCACAUUACACUAAUUAAAUAUAUUAAUGAAAAUGUCAAAUAAGACUUACAGCUUCUAUAGGAUGGAUUAUUGGUUAGAGAACACAAUAAUGAACCACGCUAACACGCUAACGCUAAUUUGUCAGCAUCUGAUGUGUCAGUGAUGAUGAUGUACAUUGUGUUAAUGACUCAAAGUUAAGAUGAAGAUAAGAUUAAAGAGGCAUUUCCUUGUUUAACAUGACAA